UGGUGGCACAUAUACCUUUCAACUUUAGUGCCCACGUGUUGGGUGACAUAUUUCUCUAAAGUUGAAGCAACCCUGUGCUUGGUUGGUUCGUCUUCAAAAUCAUCUGAGUAUCGGCCCAUUAAUAUUUCCGUGAACUUUUAUUCAGAUCAUGAAUGCAAAAUUAAGGUUUCGACGACAAAUUUCUUUCCCCAGCUCAAAGUUGAUGCAGCUAUUGUAUCAUUUAAAUUAAAGAAAGCGGCGGAUUAUCCGUGUGUCUCCUCCACCAAAAGCUUCUCCUCAAUGGUAAACUGUGUUUUUAAUGAAAACCGUAAAAUUUUGAGAAAAUCCCUACAUCACGUAUGCCCUUCCCCUGGUGUUGAAGCCACUUUGUGUGUUGUUAAUCUUUCACCCUCUGUGAGUUUCACUUUUUAUCAU